CAUUGAAAUCGUCCGUUAGCACUGUAUGAGUUGAUAACUGAAAUAAACAUAGAUCAUUUUAGUCAUUGAAGUGUUUGCUGACUCGUGGUUUGUAAUUCUUAAUUUGGAUGGCAAACCGUGGAGAUUUUGGGUGACACCGUCAUCAUGGCUAGAAGGCGAAGAAGGGUAGCAAAGACAAAGCAACAGACACGCUCAGCUCACACGGAACCCAACGAGGAAGGGCUUAGCAUGGGGUCAAAGGUCACCAUGAUACCCACAAAAGGGGCGGAGGAACAUCUCAGGGAGUCCCGCCUCCCCUUUUCACCCUCUGGACUCAUCUCGUCUUUAAAGAAUCUUAUAUGGUCGACCCCUGUGCAAAAGACAGAUAUUCCGUGCAAACGGAAGCGGGAAUUGGCGGAUGAUAAUCCUGCGUUCAUUACGUCAACGCCUGUCCCGAAACCAAAACGGACAAAGACGGAACCUCCAGCAGUCGACGAAUGCAACAAUAAUACAAUUCCCAAGAAUGCAAUGGCAGCCAAAUCAGCGCAGGAUUACGAGAGCCCUCCCAGGACAACACUGCUGGGCACGCUGUUUAGUCCAGUUUACCAGUUUCUUUGUAACGGCAUGACAACAGAAAACAAGGAGAACCUGCCCAAAGUGGCUGAGCGGCUGGACCUCGACUCGGUCCCCGCCGACUCCAUGUGCCAGGAGGCGGCGGUUCCCAGAAUGCCGCCCUCCGACGCCGUGGCGACGGACGCUGAGCUAUCGGCCGGUGUGGCCUCGACAGCCGAGGGCAACACGCCGAGGAGCGACAGAGAUGAGGACGACGAAGAAGAGGAGGAGGAAGAAGAAGAGGAGGAAGAGGAAUCACAGGAGAAGACCAUGACAGAUUCCAACCAUAAUGAUAUGACGCACUGCUCGUUAUCUGCCUGCAACACGUACGUUGACGAUGACGGGCUGGACACUGAUUACACGCUGGACGAGUGGGAAACCUUCGAUCCAUAUUACUUCAUCAAGCAGCUGCCUCCCGUUUCUAAGGAGACCCUUUACCGCUCCCCGGCACUCCCUCUCAAGACAAGGAGAGCCCCCGAGUAUUCCCUCGUCUUGGAUCUUGAUGAGACCCUGGUUCACUGCAGCUUAGCAGAGAUGGAGAACUGCACCAUGUCCUUUCCUGUUGUCUUUCAAGACGUCACAUACCAGGUGUAUGUGCGGACGAGACCUUACUUUCACGAGUUCCUGGAGAGGAUGUCCAAGCUGUAUGAGAUCAUCCUCUUCACGGCCUCCAAGAAAGUCUACGCCGACAAGCUGCUGAACCUGCUGGAUCCUGACAAGAAACUGGUCAGGCAUCGGUUGUUUAGGGAGCACUGCAUCUGUGUGCAAGGCAACUACAUCAAGGAUCUGACCAUCCUGGGAAGGGACCUGACUAAGACAGUCAUCAUUGACAACUCGCCUCAGGCAUUCGGAUAUCAGCUGGAGAACGGUAUCCCCAUCGAGAGCUGGUUUGCAGACGACAACGAUGUGGAGCUGCUCAAGCUGGUCCCAUUCCUGGAGAGUCUGGUGUCCAUGAAGGAGGAUGUACGACCACAUGUCCGAGACAAGUUCCGACUGCACGAGUUACUACCGCCAGACUGAUAGACCAUGGCACCACAUCAGGCCCCAUCUUGUACAGAAAAUAAGUGUUCUAGAAACGAAAUUUUAAUGUUUAAACAAAGACAAUGGCAGAGUUCAUUAGUGACGAGAAUUUUUACUUUUUUAAUCGAGAAACCAGAGAGUAGAACUAAUUAAGUGUUGUAAAGAUUUCAGAUAAAAAAAAAAGAAAAUUCAGAUACAGUGUUAUUCUUGUACGGAACGGCCCAUUUAGGGUCCAUUUUAUGCGAGUUCUUAAAAAAUACCACAUUUCGUAUAGAUUUUAGGAGAUUUAUUAACUGCUUUUUAACACUGUGUAAAGCUUGUGUUCUUGUAAAUAUUGACUCGGAAUUCUUAUUGCCACAUUGCUGUCAUUUGAAAAACUAAUAAUGUUUUUUUUUAAGAAAAAUUACCUAAGGCAGUGCCAACAACAAAACAUGACUUCAAUUACUGCGAGAUUGGACGCUUGAAAUACAAACUCGGGUUUUUUUGGGGGGGGGGGGGGGAAGAGCUCAAGGAACCAUUGCUAAACUCACAGCUGGCUACAUGUAGCUUGAUAUCGAGUGCUUUAACUGAACUAACUGAAAUUUUUUGGGGGAGUGAAGUUCACCAUCAGUUGAAAAUUUGAAUCGUAUUCGCAAUUUUGGCAAGAUUUAGGCGGUCCUUGAGUUAAGUUUGAAAUGUCGAGCAUCUGUUGUGGAAAUAGGUUUUCAAAUGAAAUGAAUUUGUCUUUGUAGAAUUGUUCACGUUUAUUUAGAUAAAAAGUUUGUGGAUGAUGAAUUUUUAGUUGGUGUGAACAUUCCUCCUUACAUCAGAUUUUUUUUUUAAAUGACAUAUUAGUCAAUGCCAAUUUCUUCUUAUUUUUUUUUAAAGAGGGCUUUUAAACAUUGCAGGUCUUAAAUAUUAAAAACAAAAAAAAAUUAUAUGCAGCUGUUGUUGAACGUUAAUGGAUGAGAAAGCAAUAAUGUGUUGGAAAUAUUGAAGAUUUGAAGCAUGUUCGAAAAAGUUUGUUUGUAUGCAUGGAAAUUGGGAGUUUUUCUUGGAAAAAUGUAUUUCUGGCAUAAUAAAAAAAAGAGAAAGAAUUUGGGAUUCAAAUAAAAAAGAUUUGUGGUGUUCAGUUUCCCCUUUAGAAUCACAACAAACCUUUGUGGAAUAAUUAGGUUUUCUUCCUUCAUUUGUUUUUCCGUCAAGAUACGCCUCCUUUUUUUGUAGAACAGGAACAAUAGUUGGUAGGUAACAGAAAAUUGUGAUAUAUGAAAAUAAUGACCAUUUCAAUUGUUUUGGUGUCUGAGUUAUUAAUGUGCGUAUUCAGCUCGAAAAAGAGUGUGUUCUAUUUUUGGUCCAAAGUUACCCGGAAAAAGUCGUUUUAAAAAUAACAUGUCUCGUUUUUUUCUGUUCAUUUGAACACCGAAAUUCUGUGAACUUAAAAUUAUGCAUACAAAUUCUAUGUAAUUUUAAUCAGUGUGUCAUAAAAUACAAAUUAAGAAAUGUCAGAUUGUUUUUUUUUAAAUUCUGGUUUGAUCUGAAACCGACGAUUUCUAGCUGAUGUAAGGGUUAGUCUAAAAAGCCAAAUUCGUUUUUAUCAUCUUUCUUUGGGGUUGCUUGGACCAAAGACGGAACACAUGUCUUCGUGGUUCGGAUGGUAUCUGUAACAGAAUCAACACGUACGGGUUAUAGUCGUUGAAAACAUCUUGUACAUGGUUGUAAAUUAAAAACAAAAAAUACAAAUUCGCCCCUCGUGUAAAUAAAGUCCAUUAGAUGAGAUUUAGCACCGGUAGAGGGAGAACAAAAGGGACAAAAUAACAAAGGCGAUUGUAUUUUUGCAGUUAUAUUAUAUUCCUGUGUAAGAUUUCUAAUUAAAGAUGUGUAAAUAACAAUGUUUAGACUUGUACAGGCUGCCAAAACCAGCUCCCGAUGAACGGUUUUAAAACACAAAAAAAGGAUUAUUCUCUCUAACAUAAAUAACACCAGAAAACACAACGAGGCAUUUCAAAUUAUUUGGUUUGUUUACAAGCUCUUUGCAAUUUCAAAUUCGUUGAGGGGAUUUUGACGUUUUGUGGAGAAUUAAGUUUUAAAAAACAAAAACAGGUUUUUAUAUUGUACAGAUGCCACAAUUCUUUUGGCCGUUUUUCCCCCAGAGUUUUGGUGGUUCCCCUGAAAGGUUUUUGGAAUUUGGAAAUGGUAAGGCAUGGUUUUAGCAGGUUGUAUCAAGGCUUGCUGUAGAUGUGUUGCUUGUUGCUAUUUCGCUAGUGUUGUGUUUUCAGCAAAUACAAUCAAAAGAAGCAAAGAACGGUUUUGUUUUUUCGGUUUGGUUGAAUGAAUACAGAAUUAGAACUUGUGCAAAUAUGUCAAUGUGCUUUUUAUAAGAAUAGUUGAAAAUCAGUGCCAUCUACGAGUUCAAUCAUUUGAACACCAACUUGUAUUUAUUGCUUACUAUGGUCUCAUAUAUGUUGUUGGGUUGAAAAGUAUUUGCAGUUGGGGCCCGUCUUAUUUCAUAUCUGGGACGAGUUUGGACAAGUUGCGGACAUUUGUAUCGGGUAUAAGUCGCAGGAUUCUGAACAACUUCCCCGCAAUCUUCCCGCAAUGAAGUUAUCGGCAUUGGUGCGUCAAGCAAUUGCUAAUGAAAAUUUCCCCAAAACAUGUCCGGGACAAAUUCAGAGCUUCUGUCGAACAAAGUGAACGAUUCUACCGCAACUUGUCCAGAACUCAACCCAGAUAUGAAUUAAGAUGGGGCCCUUACAAAGAAUUUUUGUCCUAGCUACUUGUUGGCUUCAGGAAGUUCCGUUAGAUUGGUUGAUGUGUUUUUCGUUUUUUAGAGAUCUCACUGAAAAUGCAUAUGGUCGAUGCUGUAAAUAUAAAUUGUGGAAUUUUGAAAAUGCAUGCAUGUUUAUUCAUUUUUAUGAUGACCUAUGAUCAAAAUGAUGUAAAGAUAUGUAAUUUUUAACUGACUUGAGAAAACAAUCAUUUGAUGCUGUAAUGUCCAAUGCACUUUUGCUUUUGUGUCGGGUUAACCCAUUGGAUGCAUAGUUGUACAGUGAAUAACUCUGACCAAUCAAAUAUGUUGAUAGUGAUGUCUGAUUUGUCCAAUGGCAGAUGUUGUUUUAACUUGCCUUCGUAAAAAACAAAAAAACAAAAAACAAAAUUGCAAUUGCUUUUUUCCCCCCUUUCUGCACAAGUGUGUGAGAAAUUAAAAGUGAGAAAAAACUAGGAAUUUGUUAAGGCUAAAAAGUUCCGAAGGAUCCUUUUCGCACAACAGAAAAUUUGAAUUUAAAUUUUUUUUUUUUUUUUAACAUGGCCUUACAACUCCACAGCAGCUUUUUGCCAAUAAGCGUUUAUUUUAAAACGGGAUGAAGCGACCGUGACAUGUAUUUCCAGCUAAUUUGAUGGAGAAUAAGAUGUGCAUAAUUAUUGCGUUGAUAGAUGUACACGCACUGAAAUCCUUUUAAAAAAAAAAGACAAUUAUUAUAAGCCCCCCAAAUAGGACGUAUUGCUGUUAAUUAUUUUGUUCAUUUUCAAGCACACAACCUGCGCACCAAAAUGUUUUAAACAGCAUUGUACAAAACUGAACAUUGAGAAACUAAAUAAAUUUAAAAAGGUGUUGCCCACGGCCUAUUUUUAUGGAGACAUCGGAAAUGGAUAUUUGAUUCUUAGGCACUGGGGAAUAUCAUGCUCAGGUUAUAAUUAAUAACUUUUAAUUUUUUGAUCAAUUCUGUAAGGAGUUAAUAAUUUCUGUGAAAGGGGGUGCUUUUUUUUGUUUCUUGCAGAUUUGCACAUAAAUGCCAAGAGUUAACACAAAAAUAUUAAAAUUCUCCCCUCUAAGUUUCAGAUGGAGAUUUUAUUUCUCUCCUUUUAGAAUGCUUUUUAACCAGUGUGGCACUUUUUAAUUCGGUUCUUCUUUUUAAGUGAUGGUACCCUUAGACUGUAUUUUAAUUACCUGGAGAAAAAAAAAAUUGUAAUUACAAACUGAAGUGUUUAUAAUAGUCUGUACCACUCUUUGUGUUGUAAUAAGAUUCUCACCUUGUACAAAAAAAAAAAUACAUUUGUAAAAACAACUAAAUACAAUGGGUGUCAUACAUAUGAAAACUGUAUAGAUUGUUGUGUACGUUUGUUGUCAACUUAACUUGGAUUGAAGUAGGAAGCAUCCUUGCAGCUGAAGCUAGUGAUCUGAAUUUUUUGCGUAAAAGUUAUCAUUGAUAUGCUAAUUUCAGUUCAGACGUGUCCAUGCUUUAUAAGAAGGUUUUUUUUUGGAAGUCAUUACAGCUUGAUAUUUUGUCUUCAGUUAAGACAUUGGUCCUGGCAUGGCUUAAAAAACGAGAUUUUCAUGAGUCUUGGGCCGGGUGAGAUUCCUUGAACCAGCCCGAGUCUGGUUCCUCGAACCAGCCUCAUGGUAUUGAAUUGGCUGAUGUACUCUCAAUUUGAGUAACCAGCCUGCCCGGCUAGUGAUGUGUAUAUUUCCCUUCAUGCAUGCGAUGGCAGAAAAUUUGCAAAAUUGACACAUACAAAUGUACAUGCAUCCAGGUUAAUAAAGUCGAAUCAUUGCAUGUACAGCUUUUUGCAGAGUUUAGAAUCUUUUGGUGGGCCCUUACAGAGGGUAGUUUUUGGUACUAAAACUCGGUGAUAAUUAUAAUGAAAGAACAAAAUGCCCAUCUUGGUGAAACAAAGACGUGCCUCAGAUUUGGCAUCAUAUGUUAAUGGGUCUGUUAAGUUGGUUUGCUGGGUUAUUUCAGCAUGCUACCUGAUCAGUGAAGCUAGUUUGUAUCCACAGUCUUCUACAUCUGUUAGCUUGGCGAAAAACAACAUUUUGUGAGCUUGGGAAACUGGUAACUUUAUUAAAAUGGCUUGUGAUGUAUAUUGGCUCUGAUAGGUUCCCAGGUAAUGCUCAUGGUUUACAAUGAAUACAUUUUUUUUAAUCUGCUCUGAUGUAGCUCUUGAUAUUUUAUGUCUGGGAAAGAAUGUAGUAUCCUGACGCCACUUCAGCGGUUGUGUACAAAGAGUGGAUAGUCAAGAAUUUCUUAACAAAAUUGGAAAUGCUUCGCAGUCCCAGAUUCAUGUCUUUUCAACUUUUUUGCAAUGACCGACCAAUACUGAGAUGAUAUAUGAAGAAAAAGUGGCGUCAGGUUGCAACAUUCUUUCCUAUGUCUGUGUGGAAGUUAUCCACACAGUGGUAACAAACGCAUAACAGGAGAAGUCUGCACGUGAUGUGCAAUACCAAGUUAAGUUGACAGCGAAAGGUAUACCAGUAUUUUGGAGAUGGAUUUACAGUAUUUUUGCGUAAAAGUAGAAAAUAAAAAGAAGUUAUAUUCAGGGAAAA